UGCGCUGUUCCGCCGACCCGACGCCUCCCCGCUCCGCCUGCAGCUCCACACGAACCCGACCGAACCACAGCCGAACCCGUCCGUCUGUUUCUGAUCCAAAGCUCCGCGUCCAGGCAGGAUGGCAGCGCAUCACCCAGAGUUUGAGCGGGCUGGACAGAAGACGGGCCUCCAGGUGUGGAGGGUGGAGAACUUUGACCUGGUGCCGGUGCCAGAGAACCUGUGCGGCGGAUUUUACACCGGAGACGCCUACCUCAUCCUGAACACCAUCAAACAGCGCUCGGGCAACCUGCAGUUCGACCUCCACUUCUGGUUGGGUGACCUCUGCUCCCAGGAUGAGAGCGGCUCGGCGGCCAUCUUCACCGUCCAGAUGGACGACUUCCUCGGGGGGAAACCCAUCCAGUACCGCGAGGUCCAGGGACACGAGUCCAAAACCUUUCUGGGCUACUUCAAGUCUGGAAUCAAAUACAUGAAAGGAGGUGUGGCCUCUGGGUUCAAGCACGUGGUCACCAACGAGGUGGUCGUGCAGCGGGUGUUCCAGGUCAAAGGUCGUCGUUCUGUCAGGGCCACAGAGGUGGCAGUGAGCUGGGACAGCUUCAACCAGGGAGACUGUUUCAUCCUGGACCUGGGAAAUGAGAUCUACCAGUGGUGCGGCUCCCAGAGCAACCGCUUCGAGAAGCUGAAGGCCACGCAGGUCGCCAAGGGUAUCCGUGACAACGAGCGCAGCGGCAGGGCUCGGGUCUACGUCUGCGAGGAGGGGACGGAGAGAGAGAAGAUGUUAGAGGUUUUAGGUCCAAAACCAGAUCUGCCUGAAGGAGGCUCAGACGACAUCAAGGCCGACGCCGCCAACAGGAAGAUGGCCAAACUCUACAAGGUGUCCAACGCCAGUGGAGGCAUGACCAUCGCACUGGUGGCUGCAGAGAACCCGUUCGCUCAGAGCGCCCUGGAGUCCGGUGACUGCUUCAUCCUGGACCACGGCCCAGCCGGCAAGAUCUUCGUCUGGAAAGGCAAAGAUGCAAACAUGGACGAGCGAAAGGCGGCGAUGAAGGCGGCGGAAGAGUUCAUCAAGAAGAUGGGUUACCCCAAACACACGCAGGUGCAGAUCCUGCCGGAGAUGGGCGAGACGCCGCUCUUCAAGCAGUUCUUCAAAAACUGGCGGGACAGGGAUCAGACCCAGGGCCUGGGCGUCGCCUACAUCGCCAACAGCAUCGCCAAGAUCGAGAAGGUGGCCUUCGACGCCGCCGGCCUGCACGACUCCGCCGCCAUGGCAGCGCAGCACGGCAUGGUGGACGACGGCAGCGGCGAGAAACAGAUCUGGCGGAUUGAGGGAUCCGACAAGUUGGAGGUGGAUCCGUCCACACAUGGACAGUUCUACGGAGGAGACAGUUACAUCAUCCUGUACAACUACCAGCACGGAGGACGCCGGGGACACAUCAUCUACAUGUGGCAGGGAGCGGACUCCAGUCAGGACGAGAUCGGCGCCUCAGCGAUCCUCGGGGCCCAGCUGGACGAGGAGCUCGGCGGUGGUCCUGUCCAGGUGAGGGUGGUGCAGGGGAAGGAGCCCGCCCACCUGAUGAGUCUGUUUGGAGGACAGCCCAUGGUGGUGUACAAGGGGGGCACGUCCAGAGAGGGAGGUCAGUCGGCCGCUGCGGAGACUCGACUCUUCCAGGUGCGAUCCAACUCUGCAGGACACACCAGAGCUGUGGAGCUUGAUGCGGUGGCGUCCAACCUGAACUCCAACGACGCGUUCAUCCUGGUGACCCCCGGUGACUCCUUCGUGUGGGUGGGCGUCGGCGCCAGCGACACGGAGAAGCAGGGAGCUCAGCAGCUGAGCGACAUCCUGGGAGCGUCGGUCUCCGAGCUGUCGGAGGGAGGAGAGGCCGAUCAGUUCUGGGAAGCUCUGGGAGGAAAAGCCGAUUAUCGCACGUCGACCAGACUCAAGGACAAGAUGGACGCUCAUCCACCCAGACUCUUCGCCUGCUCCAAUAAAACAGGAAACUUCAUCAUUGAGGAGGUACCCGGGGAGAUGACCCAGGAAGACCUCGCCACGGAUGAUGUCAUGAUCCUCGACACCUGGGAUCAGGUGUUUGUCUGGAUCGGAAUCGAGGCCCAAGAGGAAGAGAAGACUGAAGCCAUGGCAUCUGCCGUCCGUUACAUCGAGACGGAUCCGGCCAACAGAGACCGCAGGACGCCCAUCGUCAAGAUCAAGCAAGGCUUCGAGCCGCCCACCUUCUCCGGCUGGUUCCUGGGCUGGGACCACGACUACUGGACCAGCGACCCCCUGGAGCGCGCUAUGGCUGAACUGGCCCUGUGAGCCGUCCCCUAACUCCUCCCCUCUCCCUGCUCCGCCACAAUCAUUAAGACUUUUCCAGCCGCAGUUUUGUCGUUUAUUUUUUUUUUUUAUAUUCUCUUGUUUUUAAAAGGAUAGAGUUCUAUAAAUUAGUGUCUUCCUUCACUUUGUCUCACACGCUACACUGAUGAUUAUACUUCUUAACCAACCAAUAACAAUCGAGCUUUAACAGAUACACAUACUUCCUGUAGGGUUUUGCACUAAAGUCAGUUGCUACAAAUACAGUUUUUUAAAUGGACAUUAAAAAGCCCACUGCCUAUUUAAAGCAAUACAACCAAUGCCUUAAAAUUAUUUCCUCUAGUUUACAGUUAACCUGUGGAACUCGUGAACCUUUUUACAAGGUACUGCUGAACUUGAAGGAUUCCUUCAGACCUCAGUUUGUUUGACACUUCUAUUUAUUUUUUAAAUAGCUGAUUUAUUCCCAGGAAGCUUGAGUGAUGCUGCAGUUGCAAACUUUUCACGGGAAACCGACGCUUCGCUGCUUUACGAGCUAGUUACGUCUCCUGUGACACUUUCUCAGGUUUCCCUUGUUAUCAUUUCAAUAAAACUAAAUUAAACAUG